AUGAGAAUUCACACCAGAGAGAAGCCUUACACAUGUCCUCUGUGUGGAAAGAAAUUUACACGUAAAGGAACCCUUAAUGCCCACAUGAGAUGUCACACUGGACCUCACUUCUCACAAAAAGAAGGUCUUAAGGCUCCCAUCAAAAUUCACACUGGAGAGAAGCCGAGGUGUUUCACAAACAGGAAACACCUUAAGGAUCAUGUAGUAACUCAUGCCGGAAAGAAGCCUUUUAUGUGCCAACACUGUGGAAAGAGUUUCACACUUAAUGGAAACUUCAAGGUUCACAUGCGAAUUCACACUGGAGAGAAACC